AUGUCGACGAGCAAUGCGCCGCAACCAGUGAAGCUCUCGCUGCCCCUGGAAUACCAACAGGAUCUCUUUCAGGAGCUCCGCGCCGAGGAUGAGCUCGUGGUCCUCGCCCGUGGUCUCGGGCUGAUGCGCCUCGUCACGAAUCUGCUGCACUCGUACGACGCUGCCGGCAACAACCUCAUUGUCGUUGUUGGCGCAGACGAGCGAGAAAAUGGCUGGAUCGGCGAGGCAUUGGCCGAGCACGCCGCCAUCAGCGCCUCUCCCAAGGCCCGGGGCUUGACGGUGGUCAACACCGACUUCCAGAGCGUCGGCGCAAGGGAAAAGAUGUAUGCCGGCGGCGGCAUCUUCAGCAUCACGUCGCGCAUCCUCGUCGUCGAUCUUCUCACCGGCCUCCUGGAUCCCGUCACCAUCACAGGCCUCGUCGUUCUCCAUGCCGAUCGCGUCAUCGUCACUUCCCUCGAGGCCUUCAUCCUCCGUGUAUACCGGCAGAAGAACAAGGUCGGCUUUCUGAAGGCCUUUUCGGACAAUCCCGAUGCCUUUGCCAUGGGCUUCUCGCCCCUGGCCACCAUGAUGAGGAACCUGUUUCUGAAGAAAGCCUCUCUCUGGCCGCGAUUCCACGUCACCGUCGCGCAGUCCCUCGAAGGCAAGAAGAAGGCCGAGGUCAUCGAGCUCGAAGUCCCCAUGACGGACUCGAUGAGGGAUGUUCAGAACGCCAUCAUGGAGUGCGUCGAGGUCAGCAUCCACGAGCUCAAGAAAGGAAACUCGGGUCUGGAGAUGGAUGAUUGGAACCUGGACAGCGCUCUACUCAAGAACUUUGACGUCAUCGUCCGCCGGCAACUGGACCCAAACUGGCAUCGAGUCAGCUGGAAAACGCGGCAGAUUGUCAACGACCUGAGUGUCCUUCGCGGCCUGCUCAACAAUGUGCUCACCUACGAUGCGGUAUCCUUUCUCCAGCACCUCGACACCAUCCACGCCGCCCACUCGCCGCCUCCAGGGUCCACGCGCCAGUCCCAGUCUCCGUGGCUGUUUCUCGACGCCGCCCAGACCAUAUUCGACACGGCGCGGAGGAGGGUUUACUCUGCCAGCCCCAAGGCUGUCCCGCAAGGCGAAAACAUUGACUCGUUGCGUCCGGUGUUGGAGGAGCUCCCCAAGUGGAGUCUUUUGGCCGAGGUCCUCGAGGAGAUUGACCGCGAUCUGUACUUUGAGCCCCCUGCCAGGGACGACUCGAACGGGACCAUUCUGAUCAUGUGCUCGAGUACCGACACGUGCAGGCAACUGCGCGACUACCUACAAACAAUGCACGUCAAGCCGAAGACGGACAAGAACGCGGAGGACGCGGACGAUGCUCACACCGCCUCGGCAGCCUUUAUGAUGAGAAGACGACUGCGCAAUUACCUGAAGUGGAAGAAGCAGUUUGCCCAGGUCAGCGCGACGCUGUUUGCGGAGAACCAAAAGGCGCUCAACGGCGCAGCCGACUCCCGACCGGGUCACGGGGGCACGAGAGGCGGCAAAGCCUCGGCGAACAAGAGGCGCAGAGUCCGAGGCGGAGGGAAUGCCGGUGUAUCGGGAGGGCGGACCGAGAACGGCGUCAUUGCCCAGUACUUUGAGAAGCCCGCCGAGGUUGCCGACCUCAUGGCGGAGGUGCAGAUCACCGAGGAGGAAGCGUUGCAAAAGGAGGACCUGGCCGCCGACCCGCUCGAAAACAUGGAAGACUUCUUUCAACUGUACGACAUGCAGGACCUGGUCGUGGUGCACGCCUACGACGGAGACCAGGACGAGCACGUUCUGGAGGAGAUCAAGCCGCGGUACAUCAUCAUGUACGAGCCCGAGGCAUCCUUCAUCCGGCGGGUCGAGGUCUACCGAUCGUCCCACAACGACAGGAACGUGAGGGUCUACUUUAUGUACUACGGUGGCUCCGUCGAGGAGCAGCGCUACCUGUCGUCGGUGCGGCGGGAAAAGGACGCCUUUACCAAGGCCAUCAAGGAACGGGCGAGCAUGUCUGUGGUGAUGACGGUCGAUGCUCACGGCAUCGAGGACCCGCAGGAGGCCUUCCUCCGAACCGUCAACACGAGGAUCGCAGGCGGCGGCAGGCUGGCGGCGACGGCGCAGCCGCCGCGCGUCGUGGUGGACGUGCGAGAGUUUAGGUCGUCGCUGCCGUCGCUGCUGCAUGGACGGUCCAUGGUGAUUGUGCCGUGCAUGCUCACGGUGGGCGACUACAUCCUGUCGCCGAGCAUCUGCGUCGAACGCAAGUCGGUCAGCGACCUCAUCUCGUCGUUUAGGGACGGGCGGCUGUACAGCCAGGCGGAAACCAUGUUCCUGCACUACAGGAACCCGAUGCUCCUGAUCGAGUUUGACCAGAACAAGUCGUUUACGCUGGAGCCCUUUGCGGACCUCUCGGGCAGCCUGAGCAGCGUGGCGCCGACCAACGUGUCGUCGGACCUGCAGUCCAAGCUGGUGCUCUUGACACUGGCGUUUCCGAAGCUGCGCAUCAUCUGGUCGUCGUCUCCCUUCCAGACUGCGGAGAUUUUCGAGAGCCUCAAGGCGCAGGAGGAGGAGCCGGAUCCGAUUGCGGCGGUGCAGGCAGGGCUGGACAAGGACAUGAAGGCCGAGGACCAGGCAUUUAACCAGGAGCCGCAGGAAAUGCUGGCCGUGGUGCCUGGCGUGACGCCCAAGAACAUCAAGAACCUGGUCCUGGCGACGGAGAACAUGCGGGAGGUGGUCAACAUGGAAGUCACGGAGCUAGAGCCCAUGGUGGGCAAGGCGGCCGGCAAGGCGAUUCAUGGGUUCUUUAACCGCAACGUCAUGGAAGAGGAGGAUUGA